CCAUCUGGCAUCUAUCUGGCAGUCAUCCGGCAAUUGUGGCAACAUAACCAACUUUUUUUAUUGCCAAGCAACGAGUAUCAUGAUCAUAACACGAAAUCAAGCAAUCUGUAUGCUUUUUUAUGUUGACUAUUCUGUAGAAAAUGCUAAAAAAUGUGAAAAGAAAAUUGAAGACCUUGGUGAUUUUGAAAUCUGUUACAAUGUUGAUCCCAAACAACCAAUACUUGUUUCAAUACAGAGGAUUCGCGGUGAUCCAUUGACAUAUCGCACAUACUUGCAUUCUAGUGAUAUACCAGACAAAAGUUUAAAAAGAAAAAGGAUUGAAUUCCAAACUGAAAUUCAAGUGAUUCAAUUCAUAAAUGAAGUAUACCUACCUGAAGAGCCUCAGAAUACUAAUAUUUAUGACAUGAAAUCAGUAUCUACCGCGGACAUAUAUGAUACAGUCAGAAAACAUACAGUUAUAUUUGAAAAUAAGUCGGUGUUAUCUUUCUCAAGAUGGUGUUCGAAUGCUCGUUUAUCAUUCUUAAGAGCCCAGGAAGAACGAAAAAACAAUAUUCGAGUAAGAUCUUGUUAUGUUAUGGAUGAGCAAUUCCACGAUGACAUAAAAUCAGCAAUUUGCCAAUUUUUACCUCUGUAUCAGGAGUCAAUAAAAAAUUUAAAGCGAAAUGGGUUUGAAAUAGUGGGAUAUGCUCGCAAGUCCCCUUCAAAUGAUAAAAAUGAAAACAGGGUGAAACUUCUGCAGAAAAUGGUGGACAACUUGCAAAGUCGCUCCUUGACAACCAGAAUAUAUGUCUCUUUUUCCAGUUGCGCAUCCACUCCUUUCAGCGAAAGAGAUACCACGACCAAUAAAUCUAUGAUUGCAAAAUUAAGCAAUGUGAACGGAGAUACACAAGACCGUGACAUCUGUUUGGUAUCCAUCGAUUAUGCGGGGCUUACAUCAAGACCACAAGAGCUAAACAGGUUGAUCGAAAACAAUGAUAAGAUAAAAAAAAUUGCAAUUGAUACUUUUGCUUUGGACAAUGAAAUCCACCUAUUUGAUACAAAGCUUUUAGUAUCUGAUCCCACACUUCUUACCAAGUUUGAUUGCCGAAAGAAGAUUUUACAACGAUCAAAAUAA